AUGGUACCAGAGGCAGAGAAGGGAAGAGGGAAGACGAUGAUUGACCACAAAAAAAUAGAUUGGCCACGCCGCUUGCCUUGUAAGCGCAACAUAUGUCGAUCUCCAAUAGCUGAAGCAGUGUUUUUAGACAUCAUAAAGAAGCGAGGAUUAAGUGAUCAAUGGUACGUCGAAAGUGCCGCUAUUAUUGACUACCACAGCGGCAAGCCUCCGGACCCCCGUGCUAUGAAGACUUUGGAGAAGUUUGGGAUUACCGAUUACAAACACAAGGCGAGAGUGACGACUACAGCCGAUAUACGCGACUUCGACUACAUAUUCGGAAUGGAUAACAGCAAUAUAAGGUGUUGUUGCCCUCCCAACUUAUUACUAAAGUGCAACCUCUGUCCAAUCGCAAGUUUAUCUUCUCAUUUUGAUUCAGCGCCGAACAAAUAG